AUGCGCAGUCGCGGCGUUGAUGCUGGUGAGGCCAGAUUAAUAUCUCUGUUUGGCGAACGCUGGGUUCUGGAGAACAUUCCUCAACCGUCUCGUAGAAACCCUAGCCCUCCGGCUGCCGCUGGCGAGGAAGGCCGCUCCAUGUGGGAGGAAAUUGCACGCUCUUAUGACGAUGGUGUUGGUUCGUACGAUUUCUCGACGGAGCGCAGGCGGCAUCGCGCUCAGCUCGCUCGCAUGUCUAUGCCUGCACCGCCCGUGGCUGCUCGUUUUGAUCGCAGCCCCGAGCACUCGAGCUCGGCUAGAUUGUCCGGCCGAACAUCGCGCAACGAUUCGCGGCCUCAUCGCCCAUCAGCCUUAACUCGAGGUGCGCGCCGACUGCGUCCACUUGGGCAUAUGGGCGAGAACCCAAUUGCAGACGGCCUAGGUGAUCGGAAUAGGAGCCUUAGUCCUGAUGAAGAUGGCGUGUGGGAUACUCUUCUUACCACGCUGACGCCGGACCCGCAACCCCCUAGUGCUGGCUCCUCAUUUGCAUCGGCUUCAGCAUCAGCCUCAGCCUCUGCAUCUCAAUCCCAGAGCGCCGCUGCAUCAUCUCGAACAUCCCUCACUGAACCUGAAAUGGCCGAAGAGCCGCUUGAGCAGCCCUGCGAGUCUGGGCACGAAAACUCAGACAGUGAUGUACAGGAAGACCCCCACAUGGGCAGAGGCUGGCCGGAGCAUUGGACUAUGAAUUAUCCUUCGCGACACCGGAGAUUUGUGGCUGACCUAGACGCCAAUGACCCGAGUAGGAUAUCCUUUGUAAGGGCGGAUAGGCCAUUCGCCGGUCGCGAUGACCAGGAAAUGCGGCACCGCCGACGUCUCGAGCUUGCACGACAUUACCGGAUCGCAACGCGUGAUCCCACCCCCCUACCAGAGUUUCUGGAUGUAAGAGACUCAAGCGAGGAGCUCGGCGGCGCUCCUGGCCAAGGGGAUACCGAUGUCGAUUUGGCAUCAUCCAGCCAUAAUCACACACCGAACGACAACGCACUACAUGGCAUGCAGAUGAUUAUGCGCAACCUUGCUCGAAGGGAAGACAUUCCUGAUGAAUGGUGGGCGGGUGCAGGACUGAGCAGGACCUUACCGGAUGAAUCUUGA